GCCGGGUCGGAACCGGCCCGACCGGACUUCCCGCGCCGCCAGCUGACUGUGGGUGUGUGUGACGUCACUGGUGGUGGUGGCGGUGACGUCACUGGCCGCUGCGGUACGGGCCCGGCCGGCAGACGGCGGUCAGUCGCUGCGCCGCCGCGCCGGUGAGGGUUGUGCUGCCCGUGUCGGGAGAGAGGGAGGAGCACAGGGAGAGAGCGGGAGAGCUGGUCUCGCACACACACAGGGCGGCAGACAUGAAGGUGCUAUUGGUGCUGCUGUCAGCAUUACUGCUGGCCGAUCAGGCUCGGACAGCAAGCAUCAUUUUCCCAGAGGCUGAGCCGGAGCCGCCGCAGCCGUCGGAGCCCUCCCGGCAGCCGCUGGUGUUCCGCGACACACCGCCGUGCGCCCAGAACCCGACCGGGGUGUGCUCCAGCGAGGACAUACACGACUACCCCGCGGAGCUGAUCCGGCAGGCGCUGAACACAGCUAGCGGUGCAGCGCUCUCAGAGAUCACACGAGGCGACGAGGAAUUCCCCUCGAAUGUUUCGACGAUCGGUAUUCGUUUCGGCGGCAGCGUCCAUGACGACAACAACCUGGUCGACGAGACCGCCGCCUGCGCCGCCUCGGAGGAGAUAAUUUUCCCGACGAUGGCGAUGAACGAUAAAAAGGAAUGGCUGUACGUGGCCAAUGUGGACUCAAUGACCCAAGGCAUCCGCGUGGAAAAGUGCCUGGACGAGGGCAGGCCGUGUAAGAUAGGGGAGCUGUUCACAGUCUGCAAACAGAAGUACAUCUAUCGGAAAAUGCUGGCCAUGGACGCUAACCAGAAGCUGGAGGCGGACAACUUCCGCAUCCCCAGCACCUGCGCCUGCUUCGUCAAGAAGCUGACGACGCGUUUUAACGCCGGCGGCAACAAGUCGUCGCGCCGGGAUAAGCGCCGCUCCCGCUCCCGGUCCCGUCGCCAGACGGCGGACAGCGGGUUCGCCUUCUCCGGCGGAGAGACCGACGGUCUGAGCGGCUCGCCGCUGGACAACUCGCUGUCUGGCGGCGCGCCGGCGCAGGGCACCGCCCAGCAGAGCAUCGAGACGGAGGAGACGCUCAGCCCCUCCGACACCAUCGGCAGGCAGAAGGUCCGCUUCGCCGGAGAGAUUGUCGUCGAGUCCAACCCCAUCAUCGUCCAGAAAAAGCCGCCCAAGUCGGCCGGCCGGCGGAACUGAGCGCGGCGCCACCUGUGGACGGCGGCCACAAGCUGCAGUUCCAAAACCCGCCGUCGUGGCGCUGCUGUCGGCGCGGGGAAUAUGGCGGGCGUGGCGGUGAUUUGAAAUGUGGCUGGAUCUGACACGGGAUCCGAGAGAUCAACAACGACUGAGUGCUGCCGUGCGUUGCGGAUGGUACUCGUGUGUUCACCGAUACUCGGAUAUAUCUGAAGAGCUUGCACCGAGCUUUCGAGGGAACACCAGGUUCUAAAAAUCCCGUUCUUUUAUGGCAUCUGAAGAGGUCUCCGGUAUGAUGGGCUGUCGAAGGGCAAGUUUCCAAACGAGAAUUACCAUACGCGUUUUAUUUUAGGACUAGUGUUUAUCUUUGAAGAUGUGUUCCGUUGAAUAGUUUCGAGCUGCGUGAGAUCAGAGUGCUGUAAAUUACUCUUAUUCAGAAUGUGCCGUUAUGGCAUGUAUCAUUAACGCACUGUACGUCUACGCGCCCAGGCGCGGUUGGCACGAACAGUAGACGUACUUUUUGUCUAUCUACCGCAUUGUUUACAUCAGAUCCAUUCCACAGCGACAGCGUAGCUUAUUCCGUGGAAAGGAUUUUAUUCAGAUAGCUUUACAAUGGGCACGGGCAAUUUACUCUAUGAUAGGACGAACGCGGAGGGCGAUGUGAAGUACGGCUUAUGACGACCUGCUAGGGGACGCUUCCAUAAUAGCAAGCGUAGAAACUGUGCUUGAUAGCCUGUGUGAGAGGUUCCCGACGUUCCCAGGUCACUGUCGCGGGCCCGAAGACAAUAAUCCGCUGUGAAGUGUUAUUCAGAAAAUGGUCAUUUGUGAGUUACAGUGGCCCACGUUUUACAUCGAUACCCUACGACGAACUUU